CACAGAGGUGUGGAAACAGAACGGAACAUCGGCAGGAAAGACGCGCACACGUGGAGAGAGAAACGGGGCUCUUCGGUUUGGGAGAAUAUGAAAAUACCGCAAAAAUCCUAACGAGCGAUCGGUUGAUGUCUUCAGGGGGGGGACAAUGCUCCUCGGGGCAGCCAGAUAGGUGACGGAAAAGACGCGUCUUUUGCCUCCCCCAAAAAAAAACGAUCCGCGGAAAGUGGGCGCGCGGGGGAGAAGGGUCAUGGAAACCCUUUGGGGGAUGAUGAGGAGAAGGAGGAAGGGGACGCUGGCGCUGCGAUGGAAGUUGCUGAGGAACUCUUUGCUGCUUUGUUUACUCGCCGGCGGCAGUGAAGCCCGGUGUGACGGCUGCAUGGAGUACUGCUGUGGCGGAUCGCCGCCUUUCUGCUGCUCCUACUACGCCUACGUCGGGGACGUCCUCUCGGGCACGGCCAUCUCCGGCAUCGUGUUCGGCGUGGUGUUUUUGAUGGGGGCGGUGGCGGCCCUCUUCCUGUGCGUGUGCAUGUGCAUGAAGAACGGCCGGGGGGCACGGGUCGGCGUGUUCCGCACCUCAUACAUCAACACCGUGACCCAGAGCUACCCAGGUCCUCCACCUCCAUACACCUACGACCACGAGAUGUACCCCCACCCUCCGCCUUACACCCCAACUCAGCCACGACCGGCCCACUCCUCGCCGCCUCCUCCGUACCCGGGCUGCACCCACAAGUGAAGCUCUGCAGCACGGACAAUCCACCGGCCAGUUUAAAAGGACUUUUCCCAGCCUGCAAUGGUUGCGAGUAGAAGGGGGUGGGGCGGGGGGUUAAAAACAAUUUCAGGGUGGCCCAGUGCAAUAUUGUUCAGCGAGGCAGAAAUCCCAUCUCCGUGCCUGCAAGGUGUGUGAAUGUCCAUUUCUGCUGCGGCCUGGUCCAAAUAAGGACUGCCCAACAACACCAAGACCAGCACGGCGAGGGGCGAACGUCACCCCCCUGAAGGGCAGAAGUCUUUCCAGCAUACACAGUGUGGCUUUUAGGGAAAGGGUCAUACAUUUGAAGCUGUAAUGAAACUUUUCAGGG